AUGUGGUCAAGCGGGGCCAGGGCCUCUUCUGGGCAUCCGCCUACAAGUGCGGGAAUCUACCAGGGGUGGCAGUUUGAGACGGCGAUGCAGGAUCCCCGAGUUGUUUUGGGAACCGGCCCGACUCGAGCUGGCGCUGUUGGCGGCGUGCUCCAAAUUGCUUUCGUGCCAGCAAACGCGGCCAGUAAGCUGAUCCUGACCGCGCUGAGUCCAAGUGGUUGGGACUUUCAGGCCGUGGACGUCUGUGAAACCGUUGACGAGGCGGUGGUGUGUGUGAGGGCAUCGGCAUCUGCGAACUCGCCGAAUGUGUUGAUACUGGACGAUAUCUCCAUCAAGGCACAGAUCCUUUUCCAGAGGGAGCUCCGGAACGUAAGACUAGCCAGUGGUGGAGGAAUUGCUGAGUUCGAGCUCGCAACUUUUGCACUUGGACAGAUGGGCAACGAGGUCGCCGCAGACUCCAGUGGUUCCUUGGCCACAUGGCGACUUCCAGGAGCCCUGGAGGUGAGCUCGCUGCAGCUGGGAACCUACCGCAGUGUCGUCCGAGACACGGGCGACAUGAUCUUCCAACAGCUCCCUCCACGUCUACUCCUCCGCGAGACGGUCUUAAUCAUCCAUUUCAGUGUGACGCAGGCGUGUUUUUCGGGAGACAUUCUGUCUCUGGAAGAUCCCACGGGAACCUUCGAGAUGUUUCAGGAGAAUGCCACCAUCAAGCAGGUCGGCAAUGGAUUCAUGCUGCUGGCUCAGCCUGAGGAUCCAGGAUCUGUUUCCAUUCGCCAGCGCGGGGCCAUGGAGCAGCUUCACCGCUUUGCUGCAUCCCUUGCAGACACCAGGAGUGCACAGCCCUUGGUGGACAAUGCUUGCGCAUCUCGUGCAAACAGGGAUAGCUGGACCUACAGCGUUUUCUGCAGGGAGGUCUGUGUGGCUGAGUCGGAAGAUCCGGAUGCAACCUUCAUCCCAUCGAUUGAUUGGCCACUCUAUGUUACGCUCAAAGAGGCAAGAGCAGAGGACCUACUGCAAGCGAACCCAAAUGCUGUCAUAACCUCAUACUCCGAGUGGCGCUCAAAGUUCAAUGAAGGACAGUACUUGACCCUGCUCUUUUACCACGCCUUCCUCCUCCUGGAAGUAGAAGGCGGCCUCGGGAUUUGGACGGAGAAGUACAACGAUAAGCUGGAGCUUAUGUACGGCGAUCUCGAGACGCUCCGUGCUUUUGGGCAACUCCAUCGCGCCACAGGCGAGCCACGGAAGCCAAGCUUGCAGCAUUCUCAUGUCACGCUUGAUGCGUAUGUGACGCUUCAAGACCUGGUCGACUGGAUCUGUGGCCCUUUAGCCAUUGUCUGGCGCCCUUACUGCUUGAUCAACAGCAACUGCCAACACUACGCCCGAGACUUGAUCCAGUUCCUUCAUGACAAGCGCCUCGCCGAGAACUUGAAAUCCGAUCGUGAGGUGGUACUGUCUGCGGUUCAGUCAGAAGGUUGCCGGCUGCAGCAUGCGACUGAGAGGCUGAAGGAUGAUCGGUCGCUUGUCCUUGCUGCUGUCUCUUCAGAUGGGGCUGCUCUCGCUUUCGCUUCCAAGCGACUGCGAUGCGACAAGGGACUGGCUUUGGCAGCGGUGACGAAGUGUGGGACUGCCUUGCAGUUCUGUGCAGCUUUUCUCCAAGAAGAUGAAGACGUCGUCUUCGCGGCGGUCGGGCAAGACCCCACAGCGUUACGAUUUGCAUCUACUGGGAUGAAAUGCAAUCCCUCUAUUAUCACUGCCGCUGCAACAGAAGUGUCCGGCGACAUCGACUGGUCUCGCAUUUUCACCUGUUCCGCGCUCACAGAAGAUGUCGAUGUGGCUGCAACUGCAAUCGGAUUGGACUGGCGAGCUGGUGAAUAUGUAUCACCCGGUCUCCGCUCGAACAGUCAGUUCGUGAAGAGUGCCGUGCUCCUCAACGGUCUGGUGCUACAGCUUGUGCCGGAGAAUGUCCGGCAGCACGCAACCGUGCUCCGUGCCGUGCAGCAGAAUGGCCUCGCCCUCCAGUUCGCCGGUGAAGAGCUUCGUGCUGAUCAGCGAGUGGUUCGUGAAGCCAUUCUGCAAAAUGCAAUGGCCUUGGAGUUUGCCUCCGAGGUGCUACGAACCCGGCGAGACGUGGUUCUCAUGGCUGUAGUCAGGAACGGGCACGCCCUGCAGUUUGCUUCCGAGGACCUGCAGCAGGACCACACCCUUGUGCUCACCGCAGCUCGGCGUUUCUUCUUCGCUGACUGGAGCUGGUUCUUUCAAGACAAGGCCAUCAAGGAUCGGCGCCACAUUGCCAUUGCUGCCGUCAGCAUGGAUGCCUCUGCUUUGCCACACACCGGACGGCAAGCUGACAAGGAGGUGGUUCUGGCAGCGCUGCAGCGGGACGGCCAGAUGCUGGAGUUCGCAAGCGAGGAUCUGCAGGCGGACCCGAGUCUGGUGCUGGCGGCAGUGGCGUCGGACGGUACUGCGCUCCGCUUCGCUUCAAACGCGCUGCGGGGCUGUCGCAAGGUCGUUGUGGCGGCAGUUCGACAGAAUGGUCUAGCUCUGCAAUUUGCAGAGCACAGCCUGCGGUGUGAUUCCGAGCUCCUGAGAAUUGCUGCUCGGAGGUGGUGGUCCUGCGACUGGAGCUACUUAUUCACCGCGAGCAAUCUGCAGAAUGACCGAGACGUGGUCCUCGCCGCAGUUCGCAUCGAUUGGCGGGCUUUGCAGAGUGUUGGAGAGAAGAUGCAGAAAGAUGUCCAGGUGGUUUCUGCUGCCUUGGCACAAAACCUGGGUGCUUCGCGCUUUCUAUCCCGGUCGCUGCUCGAGAGUCGGGCAGAGAUGCUGGAGCUGCUCGCGUGCAGAGGUGCGGCAUUGCAGUUUGCCCCAGAGGUCUUCAGAGCAGAUCGUGAAUUAGUCCAAGCUGCCGUUGUGCAGGAUGGCAGCGCUUUGCAAUUCGCCUCCGAGGAGCUUCGCAGAGACAGCAAGGGAGACAGUAGACGAAGUCGUGUGAUCUCGGGCAAGAGAUUCCCUUUGCACCGCAGCAGCGGGGUGGUUGCGGUCGGUCUGCUGGGCAUGCUGCGUUGGUACCAAGGAGAAGCAACUCCUUCGCUCUGGCUGCUGCAAACGUCGACCGCAGCGCAUGAACUUCGCGGCGUCCAGCCAUCUUUUGGCAGUGCUGACCUCAUCUUCAGGAACCCGGAAGCAGCCCAUUUCGCCGGGCAGAAGAACACAGAUGAAAAGAUGUUGGGAGCUGGAAGCUCUGAUUCACUGAUAGCCUUGGCACCCAUCGUGGAGGUCGGCGACGAUUCGAACGAGCUGCUCGACUUUCCGUCCACUGCAUCGGCCAAGCCUCCCAAUGCCUUGGACAUCACCGUGGAAGACGUAAUGGCGCCUGGUACCGUGUACUGUCUGCAAAUGAAUGCGCGCCUUCGACGACAGAUUGAGCAGCCAUCCACGCAUGAAGUCAGCAGGAAGCUCUUCAACUUCCGUGCAUUCCGUGAUCCAGAGUCGCUGCCCCUAAAUACAAACGAUGGACUGAUUCUCACCAGUCUCUUAAGCCAGGAAAGCUGGUCUUCCUCCUCGUUGCUCUUACCCUUUAACAUGGCGGCACAGGUUGGAGCCCCAGGGACGCAGAUACAGGUCUCGGGAGACAUCCAGGUCGUAGACAAUCUGUGGCUGUUGGCACCUGUUGGAGUAGUCAUCGUCUCGCCCUGUUCUCCAACACCCUGCAGCGACCUCAUGCAGGACUUCAACAGCACUGGUCGUCAAGCUGCCCUGCUGCUGCCAACCAGCGAGCGGUUCGGGCUGCGUGUGGAGCUUCCUGCAUCCUGGGACUCUGGACGCAACGACUGGGUGGCCGUCGUCCCUGCACAGGACAGGCUUGAUGGCAUCAAGGCGACCAUGUGGGCCUCUGACAACAGCGUCUCGCUGCGUGCUAUGCCCGCAAGCGUAUCGUACGCGGCCGUCGCGUUGACAUUUGCGGUAGAUCUUGCAGUGAGUCUGAGCCCUGGAGCUGCUGCUCUGGCACUGUUGGGAAGCGCUUCCCAAAGCUACAUCCAGGUCCAGGCUCCUGUCGGCUACGCGCUUCGCUGUGGUGGCAGCUUCCGCUCCUCGCUUCCGGACUCGGCCCGAGUGGACUGCCAGGUGGGGCCUGGACCUGGUGAAGCUGUCCUUGGCAUUUCGAACGUGGAUCUGAAUGCGGCCGGCACACUGCACUUCAGCUUUGGCUUGGACACGCCUGCUGCGGAUCCAAACCCAAAUAUGUUUAGCAUUGCACUUCGAGAUGCCAACAAUGUGACCCUGGAUGCCGCGAUGGCUGUGCCAGGCAUGCACAUUCCGCAAGCCCGAGUGGAAGCCUUCGUCUCCUUGUUGGUGGUGGCCUUUGAAAAUGUCGCCCGACUCCAGGCAUGGGGCGACGCAGCGCAGGAGCUGGGUGUACUUCGUGGCAGCAUAGCUGCUGCCCUAAAUAUCGGCGAAGAAGGCGUUUCCGUGGACUACGUUCAGGCAGUGCUUGGCAUCAGCGACGUGCGGAGAUUGCAGAGCAGCGGGGUGGUGGCUGGCCAGCUGCAGGUGAACUUCUCUGCAUACUCCAGCUUGGUGCAAUUGGCAGAGCUGUCGGAUCGCAUCGUCGUGGGAGGCUUCGCGUCGGGACUUCAAAGAGAGCUGGGUCCACGCGCGAUCGCAGCCGGCCUCGUCGAGCUGCAGGUCACUGGUGCAUCUGUGCCUUCCACACCUGUCCCCAGCCAGCCUCCAAAUGUCACCACCCCGACGCUGCGCUGGAGCAGCGCAGGUGCGAACAGUACCGGCACCGUGUCUGUGAACCUGAUCUUCCAGAGACCCACAUCAGCAAUUCGAGCAGUGCUGAUUCAAAUGCCUGUCGGCUACAGCCACCUUCUUGUGUCUGUGGACGACAUCCGCAUCAUUCAGAGAGGUGCUACGAGUGCAUUCCCCAUAGAUCAGCCACAGACUCGGUCAACCAGCAGCAUCACGGUCCUCCUGAAUCCUGGAGCGACUAUCGCUGCUGGUGGGUACGGGUUUGAGUUCCCGUUCCGCAUGCCGGGCGAAGAUCCCAUUCAGAACAUCUGGACGGUAUCCCUGUGCUCCGGAGUGUAUUGUGAUAGCGCUCGACAUGCUUCUGUAAUAACGAGCUUCGCUUUCAAUGGCUUUGAAAUCGGUGACCUGCCGACUUUACUUAGACCUGCAGUGUCUGCAUCCAGUCAGAGACUGUGGCCGUGGCUUGUCCUGGCCAUGUCCUUUUGUGUGAACAGUAGAUAG